AUGCAAUAUAUUUAUGGAUCCUUCAUAGAUGGAUGGUACAAUCUAAGAUACUUUCUAAUUUCAUAUUUCUAUGACUCUGAAUAAAAGUUAAGGCAGAACUCUAUAAACUUAUAUAUUCUUAAUAAUAUAAUCAAAGAUGACUGUGAUGUAGAUGUAAUCAUUUAAAUUAUCAUUUCUAGUAAAAGUUAAAUAAAUUGAAAAGUAUAUUUGAAAGUACUAUUUGGUUCUCAUAUAGAAACAAACUACCAUAACUAUAAUGUUUAAAUAUUAUAUUACAUUUUAAGAUAGUACACUUACUUCUGAUACAGGGUGGGGAUGUAUGUUACGAGUAGGAUAGAUGUCCUUAUGUUAAUAGAUCAAAUAUUUUUAUAAUAUUAAUACACCUGAAGCAUUAACUGAAUUAAUUUAGCAAUUUGCAGAUAAUGAUUAGAAUGAAUUUUCUAAUUUUUUAGAUCAAAAUGAUGGAGAUUAAAAAAUUAAAUAUAAAUCUCCUUUUUCCAUCCAGAAGAUUGUAGUGGAAACAAAAAAAGAAAUUUAAAAAACACCUGGAGAAUGGUACAAACCUAAUGAUAUCUUGUUUGUAUUAAAAAAUCUGUUUAGAUACUCAAAAUGUAUAUUAAAUUAAAUAAAUUUAAUAGUUUCAGAAAAUCUAAGGAUUUAUAUAAAUCAUGAAAAUGCCUUUAUUUUAAGUGAUGUUGUAAGUUUAAUGCUUAAUAACAAUGGUGGAAAUGAAGAGUGGUUUAAAGACUAUAUUUAAAAAGGUUAAAAUACAUCUAAUCAAUAUGGAGUUUCCAUUUAUAUAUUAACAAGAAUUGGAUUAGAAACUUGUAAUGAAGAAUACCUAAAAGUCAUAAAUGAAAUUAUGACGUACCCUUAAUUCUAAGGUAUUUUAGGAGGAUCUCCUAACAAAGCUUUAUACAUCUUGGGGAGGGUUGGAAAUUAUUAUAUUUAUUUGGAUCCUCAUUAUGUUUAAUAAGCCUAAAAUUAUGAAGAAAUAUAAAAUGAUCAAUCUUCUUACUCUUGCUAGAACAUUUAAUUAAUUGAUAGAUCUCAACUUGAUCCAUCUAUGGCACUAUCAUUUUGUGUUAAAAAUGCAUUAGAUUUGUUAGAUCUGUGGAUAAGAGUAAAUAUUAUAUAUUUAUUAUUUUCAAGUUAAAAUAAACAAAAUAAGAAAAUGGUGAGUCUUUUUUUAUUGCUUUAACAGAAAUUCAAUCCUAUUAUCAGUUGACUUGGUCCAUUUCUAAUGAAGAAAAUGAAGAUGAGUUUGUUACAAUUCUGAGCUGAAAUUAAUAUAUACUAAUUAUCAUC